UCUGGCCCCUGUCCGAGCAUGAAUUUUCCCUGGAAAAUUCAACUCCCCCAUCCCCACGAUACACACACUUCGACAGACUAUAUAUACCACCGUCUCCAGCAAUACAAAGCAUCAGCACUUCCUCCCGCAUCUCCGCCACUUUUCCCUGGAAAAAAACCCAGAAAAUUUUCUCGCUCCUUUUUCCCUGAGGAAGGAAAGAAAGAGAGGGAGAAAAGAAUCAAGAGAAACCAUCACCAUUCACCAUCCCAGCAUCCAUGGCCGACAAGAACCAGAGCCAGUACCACCCCGCGGAGGUGAACGGGUACAACCGCAGCGACCAGGAGUCGCUCCAGGAGGUCGAGGAGGCUAGGCGCAAGAAGAAGAUGAAGUGGACCAUCGGCAUCAUCGCCUUCGUCAUCUUCCAGGUAGUCCAGGCCCUCUUCUUCAUCCUGGUAAUCAUGAAAUUCAAGUCCCCCAAGUUCAGGAUCGCCGAGGUCGACAUCCAGAACCUGACCGCGGGGACUCAGGCCUCGCCCUCGUUCGACAUGACCUUCCACGCCCCGAUCCGGGUCAAGAACACCAACUGGGGUCCCUUCAAGUACGGUGCUUCUACUGUCAACUUCACCUAUGAAGGUGCCCAAGUGGGACAAGCGAUCAUUCCCAAGAGCAAGGCCAACUUCAAGUCCACCAAGAAGAUCAACGUGGACGUGACUGUGAGCUCCACUAGUUUGUCCGCCGAUCUUAAGUCGACUUUGGGGAACCAAUUGGGCUCGAGCGUCAUCACAUUGAAAAGCCAGGGCGAGCUUAAUGGAAAGAUCACGGUUAUGUUCAUGUUCAAGAAGAAGAAAACCUCCCGAAUGAAUUGCACCAUGGAGAUCAAUACCUCGACAAAGACGGUCCAAUCCUUGCAUUGCGACUGAGGCUGUCGAGAGUUGAGAGGGUGGUUCUCGGUCUAGAGCGCUUGUAUGCCUUCGCUUAUUAUAUGGUUCCGUAUGCUACAGAAUCAUAUGCAUACUCUAGUUUUCGGGGUGUUUCUUCUUUAACCCUUUUGGCUAAGUAAUGAUGUAUCCUUUUUUUUUUUUUUUGGGUGAUUUUACGUACGAUCCAAUUUAUUAUUGCGCAUU